AUGAAAACGCUGGUGGAAUCACAAGCAUUAGUUUCAGAAGUGUCAGAAGAAUCUCAAAAACUAGCAUUUAUAUCAACAUCAUUAGUAAAAAAAUGUAAACUUAACUGUGUUGAAAUUUCCUCAGAUGAGGAUGUUAAUGAAAGUGACCAUGAUGAUAAAACUAUUAUAAAAGAAAAGUUGAAUUCUGCCCAAAUGCUUUUGUUUAAGAAGGGAAAAAAACUACGUGAUAUUUUGUUAGCAUCAAAUGAUGAGCAUCUCAUUACCUCAGAACUAUCAAAAACUUUUGCGAUAUUCAAUGCUUUGGCUGAAUUAUCAAUGGCUGAAAAAUUACAGUUGUCGACGAGAAGUCCGCUAUGGACAGAAUUAAUCAAUGAAAAAAACAGGAGUUAUGUUGUGAAAGCCUUGUGAUAGCGGCGGAGUCUUUCAAUUUGCUACAUUUAGCAUCAUUAGUU